CGUGCUUGGGGCACCAAAAUGGCUAGAGCUGCCCCUGCUGCAGGGAAAUAAAGAUGAGUGCAGCAAGGGGCUACAUCGGGCACGGAGAGCUGCAGCUUCCUGGAGUGCAGGGAGAGCCAGGCUUAGAGGCAGUGACUUGAGGGGGGCUGUAAGGACCAAAGGUGCUAAGAGGUGGAGAGGCCUGCUGGAGAGCAUGGUGGGGUGAAGGACAGGGAGUAGGGAGAGAAAAGAGAGAAUGUUGACAGGGCAAGUAGAAGGUGAAUGAAGCAAGGAUGGGUUUGGAGGUUGUAGGGAGGGGAGAUAAGGAUCAGCAUUUUCUUCCCAUAAGGUUUGUGCUCUGUAGUUCCAUUAGCAUCAAGUCUCUUUGUCCUUCUCUUUUAGAUGUUCUUCAUCCUUAGUGUCCUGGAACCCUGAAACAUGCCAUUAAGUGGAGGCCUGUAUGGUUGUGAAGACCCCGCCUACUGGAGGACUGUGUUUGAUGUCUACUGGGAUGUACUCAAAGCCAAAGGAGGCAGGCAGAAAAAACUUGCUGAGCUGGAUAAAUGGUAUCAGGAGGAGCUGCCAGUUGCUAUUGCAGGAAGGAGAGAAAAAUAUCUGACACAGGCUGAAGUGGUGAAACUGAUGGAAUGGAAACUUGCUCGGGGAAAGUUUCGUCCUCGUCUGCAGCAGCUGGUGGCCACUAACUCCAGUGAAACGGUGGAGAGCUGUACAAGGAAAGCUUUCCAGCUCCUUCCAGACGUGACAGCUGCCAUUACUGAGCUGAGCCAGCUAAAGGCUGUGGGACCAGCCACAGCUUCAGCAAUUCUAGCUGCAGGAGCCCCAGACGCUGCGGCAUUUAUGGCAGAUGAAGCAAUGGAGUCCAUCCCCGGCCUCACCCCAAUUCAGUAUACCCUCAAGCAUUACAUCCUCUACCUGGACAAGAUCCAGCUCUGUGUCAAGAAACUAAACAAAGUGGAUACAGAGAAAGCAUGGACUCCUCAUCGUGUGGAGAUGUGUCUCUGGGCCUGGGCUGUGGCACAGAAAUUGUGUCCUUCACUGCUGCAGACUCUGAGCUCAGGGGGAGAGAAGGCAGAUGAUGAGGCGGAUGAGGAUGUUAGACCCACAAAAAAAUGGAAAGCCAGGUGAAAACAUCAGCCAGGAACCUAACAAGCAUCACACAGUGUUUGCCUCCUGUUAUCUGAUGCACAGUUUGACUAAAAUGCUAAAGCUGGACUCCUUGGGGAGUCAUUCAGGGAAUGGGUCAAAUUGAUCAGGUGUGGGAAGAAAUAAAGGGGAGCUCUUCUGUUUGAAUCACUCCCCCUUUGGAACCAAAGCUGAUCUUUCAAAAGGAGCCCUCUGCUUGGUGUGUGCAGUGAUUUUUACAAUAAUUCCUUAAUAAACUUUUGAUGGUUUUCAUAGUA